AUGAUUGAUAUUAUUAUUAUAUUAAACUUUGUUUGUUUGUUUGUAAAUAAUUGCUUGGUGGUCAGUGUUGAUUCGAUGGAGCAUGUUAUCAGCAUUAGGAACUACACCGAGCUGAAAUUAGAGAACAUCCGUCUUCGGAAUGAAUUAGCUGCACAAAAGGAAAUGUAUGAACAUUGCAUUGAAGAAUUCCGCACUUUACUCCAAGAAACAAAUGAUCUAUAUAUAUCUCAAAUCGCCGAACUAAAGAAAGGAAAUCCCAUACAAACUAUACCAGAUUCCAUUCCCGUUGGCAGCAAGCCACUGCUUCCUCCGGCUCCUGUUGCCCUGGCUCCUCCGCAGGAAAAGAGGGAGAUGGAGCAUCCCAGGCCUGUCCGGAAAACGCGAUCUACAGCCUACGUCGGCUCCUGCAUUCAGGAACAUUCAAAGCGCGCUCCGAAAUCGCCGCAAGUUUCUUUCACCGAAUCCUCCUUGCGGCGCGUCAUGGUUACCUCGCUCCAGAAGAACGCGCUCGAGGAACUCUUGUACAUUUCCCUCCAACCUCGCUUUUCCCCGGAAACCAUUCCAGCGGUCCUCUCCGCUCUCCUCAGCUGCAUGCAGCAGUCCUUCUCCUUGCUGAAGACCUACGAAAUGGCUCCGAUGAACCAGAAGGUUCUUCUCUUUUCGUCCUUGUUAUACUUCGUUAUAACGCGCUUCCCCGACCUGGAGCUCGAAAACACGUGUCUCGAGCACCUCCAGGAGGAGCUGAACGCGGAGCUGGGGCAGUCCUUCGUCCACUCCAAAUUCGAUCGGUUCUCCCCCGCGUUUCUCGCGACCUUUCUCGUCCUCUUCGACCUCUGCGCGUUCUUUGACGCGCUCCCGCUCUUCAAGCUCUCGCUCUACGCCGCCUUCUCGCGCAGCGGCGUGUUCCCGCUGCAGCUCGUGAACGCAUUGUUUCUGCAUAACCGCGGGACGCUGGACCGGCUGAGCGACUGCGACGAAGCGAUCCAGUGCAUCAUCGGCGCGACGCUGCAGCGCGGAACCGUGGAAGCGCCGGAGUUCGCGGAGCUGCGUGGGAGGAGCGUCUGGGAGAGCUGGAGAGAGAGGCGUUGGAGUGUGUGGUGGACGGAGCGGGGUACGGAGAGGACAACGCGAAGUAUGUGA